AUGAAUCUCUCACUCGUCGAUCCAUUUGUGUUGGCACAGGAAUACCCAGACACUCUGACUGAGAAGCUGAGCAGCGGCCAUGCGACAUGUUUAAGCUUCAAUCACAAAGGCGACUAUCUUGCUUCUGGACGAGUGGAUGGAACAGUGGUGAUCUUCGAUAUUGAAACCAAUGGCGUGGCGCGCAAAUUGCAAGGCCACACGCGACAGAUCCAGUCUCUGAGCUGGUCUCGCGACGGCCGCUAUCUUCUCACCUCAUCUCAAGACUGGAAAUGCAUCUUAUGGGAUCUGAAAGACGGCUCUCGAGUCCGCACAGUCCGCUUCGAAGCGCCAGUCUACAUCGCCGAACUACAUCCUUUCAACCACCUCCUCUUCGUCGCCUCCCUCUUCGAAGACCAGCCCGUCCUAGUCGACAUCUCCAGCCCAAAACCCGUAAAACGCAUCCUCCCCUCCGCCCCGCUCCGAGCAAGCGGCGAAGACCUCGACCCAGCCGCCGCGGCAAAACAAGCAGCCCAAGACGCCAAACACUCAACCUGCGUCACAAUUUUCACAGCUUUCGGCAACCACAUAAUCGCCGGCACCUCAAAAGGCUGGAUCAACAUAAUCGAAACGCAAACCUGCACAACAAUCCACUCAAUGCGCCUCUGCAACGGCGUUGUCAUCCUCCUCCACCUCGCCAGCAACGGCCGCGACCUUCUAGUCAACAGCUCGGACCGCGUAAUCCGCACCGUGCUAAUGCCCGACCUCUCCCAACUCGGCAUCAACCUCGAACCCUCCGCCAUAAAACUGCAAGUCGAGCACAAAUUCCAAGACGUUGUCAACCGUCUCAGCUGGAAUCACGUUACCUUCUCGUCAACCGGUGAAUUUGUCACAGCAACAACGUUCAUGAACCCGGAUAUCUAUGUCUGGGAACGCAGCCACGGAUCGCUGGUCAAGAUUCUAGAGGGUCCGCGCGAGGAACUCGGCGUCGUCGAAUGGCAUCCUAGCCGACCGAUGGUCGUUGCGUGCGGGCUUGAAACUGGCUGCAUAUACACGUGGUCGAUUGUCUCGCCGCAGAAAUGGUCGGCGCUGGCGCCAGAUUUCGGCGAGGUUGAGGAGAAUGUUGAGUAUAUGGAGGCUGAGGAUGAGUUUGAUGUGCAUCCUGCUGAACAGGUGCAUCAGCGACGACUCGAUCAGGAGGAUGAGGAGCCGGAUGCUGUGACGCUUGAGCUGGUGAAGGGGGAUGGGGACGCGGAUGGCGUUGAGCCUUUUUCUCUACCAGUGCUAUUGAAUGUUGAGGAUAGUGAUUCUGGGGAAGAUGUUGUUGCUGUUGGGCCCGGGACUAUGCGGCGGCGGACGCCUGGGGCUGCUAAGGAGGGUGUCAAUGGGGAUGAGAAGCCGGCGGCUAAUGGGACUUCGAGGGGUGCUGCUAGGCGACGGCGAUAG